GCUCUUUUGCUAUAUGCAGGGGUGGCUAGUGUGCCUAUUUUUUUCCCCAGUGCAUUCAAAUUGAUAUCACGCUAAAUGCAUAACAUAAAAUAAUUUAUGACACAUUUACCUUUUUCUCAGGACUCUGUUUUUGUCCAUGGCGACUUUUUGUUUUACGUGCAGGGCCGGUUUGGGUUGUCUUUAAUUUGUGAGCUUAUGAAAUUGAAAUUGGAGUUGGUAGGUUUACCGAACUUCACCCAGAGAUGCUCAUGUGCUGGUGAUAUAUUUAUCUAGUUUUAUUAAGACUACAAGGGAAUCAGCUUUUUAUAGCUAUGGCAACAUCAUCUCUUACUAAGUCCUGUUUUGUAUUCAAACCCAAGUCUGGUGGGUCUAGCUCAGCGGCUCUAGACAGCAGCCAAUACUUUGCUGGCCUCUCCGAUGACAUGGGUAUCCAGUCUGCUGAACGAAGGAGCCAGACAUUCAACUCUACAUGGCAGACAGCUGAGAAACUGUGCACAGACUUCCAAGAGGAAAUGUUCAACACUGUGUUCCACGAGAUGAUUGAGUACCUGCAGGGCUCUGUUGACAUUGAGGAGGACGCUGGUAUUCCUACUGCCACCCUCAUCACAGGUGUGAACAUGCCCGACCACACCGGCGUGUUCCGUUCACUGGCCGAGCGGCUCCGAGCGCAGGUCACUGCGCACGUGGCCGUACUGGAGGCGGCCUCGUGCACCACCGUCCAGGCCACCGUGCGCGCCAUGGUGCGCCAGCUCACUGCGGCUGGGGAGCCGCUGAGUCCGGACGUUCCUGUGGUCGAUGAAGACGACGAGGACGACUGUUUGCUGGACGUACCCGAUCAGACCAGCCGCCAGCGUCGGGCGCCUGCCACCAUGCCGGCGCUAGUGGCGCACUAUGAAGCGGCACAGGAGACGGUCGCCUCGCCAAAGAAAAGGUCUCCGCGGAAGAGAGCAAGGACAGCACCGCAGCGCCGACCCUUGGUGGUGGUCUGGAGAGACCUGGAGGCGUUUCAACCCCGCGUGCUGCAGGACCUGGUCCUCAUCUGCAGCCAGUACCGCUCCCGGCUGCCCAUCUCGUUUGUGUUCGGCGUGUCGACGUGCGCGUCAGCCGUGCACCGGCUGCUGCCCCAGCACGUCUCCGCGCGCCUCAGUCUGCACAAGUUCCACUCCCAGCUGGCUACCCACUGUCUGGCCGAGAUGAUUGACAAGGUGUUGCUGUCUCCGUCCAUGCCGUUCCGGCUGGGAGGGCGCGCGCUGCGGCUGCUGCUGGACAUCUUUCUCUACCACGACUUCUCCGUCAACAACUUCAUCUCGGCGUACAAGUUCUGCAUGCUCAGCCACUUCCUCUGGUCACCGGCGAGCGCGCUCUGCUGCGAGCCCGGUCAGCUGGAGGAGAGAGUGGAGGAGCUGACGGGCGCCCAGGUGGCCGGGCUCCGUGCUCUGCCCUCGGUGCGCGCCUACCUGGACGAUUUAGAACAGGAGGAGAGGCACACACUGCAACAUGAUGGGGUGUUUAAGGAGUGGGUGCUGCACAUGGCGCCAAAACUGCACUCCAAACACGAAGAACUGCUGGUCGGACUACGCUGUCUGUUUGCGCUCACCAAGCGACUGCCGGGCGCGCUGCUUGGAAAACAGUUCCGCGAGGCGUACAACCUGGCGCUGCUGCACGCGCUGCCGGAGAGGGACGAGUACAAGCGCACCUUCCAGCUGCUCAAUAUGCUCUCCCGCCAGGAGCUCACUGCCACGCUGGAGCACGCACUGGAGGCAGUGUCAGGCUCCGGCAGCGCUCUGUCCACCCUGCUGAGGACCCAGCUGGACCGGGUGCGCGCGCUGGACGACCGGCCGACGCCCGUCUCGGCCGAGGAGAGCAGCCAACAGCGCCGACUGGUGGCCGACACACUCAAACAGGCCACCAGCCGGCAGUCGCUGCGAGAGAGCUUACAGUCGAUGGGCGCGGCGCGGAACGCCCGGCUGAACCCGUACGAGACGCUGCGGUCGGCGCUGCUGGCCGAACUAGACGAACACCUGCGCGGACUCAUCGUACAGCCUUCCAAAUGGCCGUUCAAUGAGUGUGUGGUGUUUGAUGACGUGUCUCUGGUCCGACGGAGGCUGGUCGGCGCUCCUCGGUCCUCUGUACAGACGGCGCUCGCCGACCCGGCCAAGUACCUGCAGUGUACCUGCUGCCAGCUGGGAGACGCCGCGUCCAUUCGGCCCACCAUGCCCGAUCUGUGUAUCGUCUACAAACUGCACCUCGAGUGCGGCCGUCUGAUCAACCUGUUCGACUGGAUGCAGGCGUUCAGAGCGGUGGUGGGCGCGUCGGACGACGAUCAGACCAUACAAGCGCGGUUCGCCCACUGUGUGGCCGAACUACAGUUCCUAGGAUUUAUCAAGUCGACCCAGCGGAAAACUGACCACGUGGCUCGGCUGACCUGGGGCUCGUGCUGAGCUGAGCUGAGCUGAGCUGAGCUGCCUGACCCAGCUGCCCGGUCAGUCCAGUGCUGUGGGACCCGUUUUAGAAUAGGUUCACAGCCUGCUUAUGUGAUUUGUGUUUGUCGGUCACAGCAAGCGAACGCUUGUUGAACUCACUGCCAUAGUUCAGAAAUGAUGCCCUGUGAUGACGUCACUCAGUGAUGUCGUUAGUUGCCCACAGUCAUUCUUUCAACGUUUUCCCGCCCCGCUAGGGAAUCGGAAUCUGCUACAGGUACAAAGCCUUGAUUGUGUGAUGGCGGAUGUUUUGAAUACAUGCCUUUUUGUAGUAA